AUUUAAUUUUUAAUCAUAUGUUCAACUAAAUCUAAAUUUCAUUAUUUGAAAAAUCUAUGUGUUCAUCGUUAAAAUUUUUAUCAAAAUUGAUUUCUUUAAAUUUUUCAAAAUGUCUGACAGAAAAUCAACAAGUGUUAAGCGCAAGAAUGUUACCAGAUCGUUAAGAUGUGGACUCACAUUUCCAGUUGGCAGAAUCCAUAGGCACCUCAAGCACGGGUGGUACGCCAAGAGGAUCAGAAAUAAGGCUGCCAUCUUUCUAACUGCUGUCCUGGAGUACUUGGUCACAGAGGUGGUCACCAUGGGAGGCAAUAUGGCAAGAGCCAGCCAGAACAAGAGGGUGAUGCCAAAGCACCUGCUCUUGGGCUUGAUGAACGACGAAGAGCUGAAGAAACUCGUGGCAGAACUUUAUAAUCCGAAAAUGUCUACGAAGCCAGAAAUAAAAAUCAAGACGGAAAAGUGAUCUUCCGGAUCGUGGUUGGUGAGCACUAUAAAAAAUGAAAAUGUUAUUAAUAAAAUAAAU